AGCAGCAGCCCGCGUCGCGGCGCGCAAGGCAUCAGUAUUGCUCUUCGAGCGAGCAUAAGAUCCUGCGGAGAAAAAUAAUCACCACUUCCGCCAGCGAGCUGCAGCACUAGCGCCGCCAGCCAGCAGCCAGCCUGCAGCCUGCAAAAAAACAUGGCGAGAAGCAAGCCGCUCCCAAGAGCCGGGGACGGGCCGCUGUUCUUCGUUGCAUUAGUACUCAUCCCAGCCUUCAGUGCUACCAUCGCUGCGAGCCAAGCCGACUGGAAUCACGUCUUGUGGUGCGAGGCGUAUCUCGUGACGGUGUUCAGCCUGGCUGCGGUGCAAGGCGUCGCGCCGCGCGCCUACUUACGACUCGUCGAGGGCGACCUCGGCCACCCGCUCUGGGUGCACCGCGGCGCGGGCCUCGUCGAGGUGUGCGUCGUGGCGCUGCGGCUGCGCGGCGCGACGGCGCCGGCCGGUGUCUUGACGGUCGGAUUGAUGGGCGGCGCGGCGUGGACCUGGCUCGCGCACCACCAGCGGCCGUCCCGGUUCGUGCCGGCGGCGCUCGUGCUCUUGGCCACGCUUGGCGCAGCGUCGGUGCCCGCCUACGCGGGUCUCGCCGCCUACGCGUCCGGCGCCGCGUCGGCGACGCUCAUCCUACGGCCGCGGACAGCUCCGCGCCGGCGCCAGGGCCGCGGGCGCGCCGCGACGCCCGCCGCCGCGCGCCGCCUCGUCGCCGCCGCCACGCUCGUCGGCGCGAGCGCCCUCGCGCCCGGAACCACUAAACGGCCGACUCGUCGAGGCGCAAUUCGGCCGGCGGCAGCGGUCGCAACGCCGCGCCGCGACGCCCUCGACGACGCGGACUUCUGGCGCGGUCUAUGCGAGGCGGUCUACGACGGCCAGCAAGCGGCGCUGCCGCGUUUUGACGAGUUCUGCGCGAAUUGCCGCGACCAGGGACCGGCGCUCCGCAGACUUUCCUCGGGCCAGGUCGUCGCGCGCGACGGCCACUACCCCGGGCUCGCGGCCCAUCCGGUCUGGGACGCGCCGCCGAAGUGGCUCUUCGGGCUGCGACUGCAGGCACCGCAAAUCGCCGACGAGAUGAGCGAGGUGCUCUUCGAGCGCGCGCGGCUGCGGGCGGAGGGCGGCGCCUGGCGCGACGGCUUCCUGUACGGCGGCGCGGCGGGGUAUCGCAAUUUCGAGCUCUUCGAGGUGCGGACCGCGGCGUCGGCGCGGCGCGCCGCGAGCUUUCCCGCCACGACGGCGCUGCUCGACUCCCUUGAAGUCCCGGACGGCCCGCGGAUCGUCGGCUUCGGUCGUCAGCGGCCGGACUCGGCGCUACCCGUCCACAGCGACAAGGCGACCUACGUGCUCACGGCCCACGUGCCGCUUGAUCUACUGCACGAGGACGACGCGGCACCGGCGCCGGACGCCGAAGAGCUCGCGUUUCGCCUCGACUUUAAGCUAGACUUGCCGAGUGACGGCGCGGGGCUGGCCUUCGCGGACCUCGAUGAUGCGCUCGCCGAGCCCGUUGGCGGUCUCCGGGCCGUCGCUCAAUGGCACGACGCGACGGGCCGGCCGCUUCCGCCGACGCUGGUCGACACGUCGUUCCCCCACACGGCGUACAACCGCCGCGCCAACCGCCACGCGUACGUGUUGCUCGUGGACGUCUGGCAUCCCGACCUGAGCGAGGAGGAGCGGCGGGCGCUGGCGCUUUUUCAGGCGAGGAAGCUGGGGUGGAGCGCUCUGUAUCCGGCGCCAGGGUUGUAGACUGUUCUUUUGUGGUUAUAGGAUUCCUAGACCGGUCCUCCGCGUC